GCAGUCUGACAGGCUGCUGCUACUGCUGCUAAUGCUGUUGCUGAUGGUAGUGGUGGUGGUGGUGGUAGUGGUGAACGUAACGAUUCGAUAAAACGACAAUUUCAAUAAAUCGAACCUUUUUUUUUUAGCGCUUUUUCUCUUACCUAAUGACAAGGUAAAAAAAGAAUAUAUAUAAGACGCUAUAAUAUAUAUCUAUAUAUAUAUAACAUAAUUAUACAAGAGUGUUCAGUUUUGGAGAAGUAUGCUGAACAGAGAGAUAAAUAUUUCGUCGUUGUCAUUGAUAUCGACGAUUAAUAAAAAGAAGCUCAUUAUGAGGAUCACUAUGAGGACAAGUAAAAGGAGGAGGAUAACAACGUGGAAGUUGUUGCACCAGGUGAAGUGGGCCGAGAUUAUUUUGGGUCUUCCCGAUGGAAUGCGAGCAGCCGAUCGAACGGCACCACGACAACGACUCGUCGACGACGAAGGCGACCACCUUUCGUGUUUUCCCGCGUAAUUUGCCAAAGACCAAAGACCACGGACUGACGGACAGCGGCGGUGGAACCGAGGCGGCGGCAACGGCGGGUAAUAAUAAUUACACGCCAACGAACCCAACAACUGCCCAACAACAAAAUAUAUAUAUAUAUCUAUAUAUUUUUGACCAAACAUUUAACAAACGAGGAACCUAAACCCAUUGGUUAUUGGCUCUUCUAUAUUUUUCUUUCCAUUUUGUUUUUUUCUUCCAAGUCUUCUUGUAACUCUGUCUUUUUUUAUUUAUUUUCCUUUUUUGUUUUUAUCAAAUUAACUAACCUACUAUCUAAUACAAUCCUGACCAUUUAAAAAAAGACUUUCGAACAAUCUUCGAACAUUUACCCCUCCUCUCUUCUAAAUAUAUUUUUUCUUUUCCUUUUAUUUGUUUUUUUCUUUUCUUUUGGUACAAAAAAGAUACGCAACACUUAACGUUAGCAGAUUAAAACGGAUCAUUAUUACCACUUAAGCGAUCAGAACUGACGACAAAAUAUCCCGUUAUCCUCCUAUAACGAAAAUUUAAAAUAUGGAUUGCUGCAAUUACGUCGAAGCGUACACCCCUGGCAAUCAUUUUUAUCAACAACAACAACAACAACAACAACCACAACAACAUCAUCAUCAACAACAGCAACUGCAACAACAACAACUGCAACUGCACCAGCAACAACAACAACAACAACAACAACAUCAGCAGCAACAACAGCAAGCCUACUUUUGUUACAACAAUGCUAGUGUUGCUCCAUACGCGAAUUAUGGUACCGCACCGAUCUCGAACAUGCUCGAGACUAAUGCACGUUACAAUCCUGCUGUUGUGCCAGCUGCUUAUCAUCCGACAGAUUAUGUCUAUAAUCCAAAAGAGGCUAGAAUGCGAAAAGCUAUGCGCGAGCAAAGCAGAGAAUCCUCGAGACGUUCGAUAGUUCAGAAUACGAUCGGGAAUUCACAGAAGAAUCAUCUUGGAUCUUCUUCAACGUCAACAUCAACGACGACUACGAUUACAACGACGAAAACCACAACACCACCGCCUCCACCACCACUACCACCACCACCACCCCCACUACCAACAUCAUUAACAACAACGACGACUACUACGUCAUCUUCUUUGACUGAAGAAUUCUUAAAUCAACAACCACAACAUAGGAAUCAUCAUCAUCAUCACCAUCAUCAUCAUCAUCUUGAUUGUGGUUCUUCAGGAUUAUCAAACAAUUAUCAGACAGUUCAUUUCAUUGAUCAUACACCACGUCAACAGCAUCAACUUGCUGAUCAUCCUGCUGAUCGGUCAAUGAUGCCACCAGAAUCUUGGUGUCCAGCUAUAGUAAAUGAUUCACGUUCUAAAUGUGGGUACAAUGAAAGAGGAACUGAAUGGUAUACCACCGGUGGUGUUAACGACGUUAACGUUGAUCAAAGAUCACGACUCGCCAUGCAACAACAUCAACUUAUUUUUCAACAACAACAGCAGCAACAGCAGCAACAACAACAACAACAACAACGACAACAACAGUUUCUUUUGGGCAAACAACCGAUAGAUAUUAUCAGUUAUCGUGCUGCAGCCGCUGCUGCUACUGUUGCAGCUGCUGCUAAUCUUGAAAGAGAAAUGAUUAGACGUCAACAAAUGAUUGCGAAUUAUCAAUUAACUGAAUUCCCUGAUAAACAAAAGUGGAGUCCUUAUCAGAAUACCUCCCAUAUGCAUCAUCAUCAUCAUCAUCAUCAACAACAACAACAACAACAACAACAACAACAACAGCAGCAACAACAACAACAACAACAACAACAACAACAUACAAGAACGAUCCAAUUGCCUACCCCACCUCAAAUUGCUAUACCUUAUAAUGGCAGACAGGAAACAACUGCUCAAGGAACUUGGGGUCAUUUCAGCAGUCACAAUUUGCCUACUUAUGUUCCUGGUGUUAUUCGUAACGUUACGAUGCACGGAAUACGUCAGGCCAUAUUUUUGCGAGACAAUACGUCCAAUAGGCAAGAAUUUACUGAUAAUCAAUCGCAAAUACCACCUUACGUUUCACGAAAACGCGAACUCUGUGACAAUUCUAAUCAAUCUUAUCCGACAACGGAGAAUCAGAUACCCGUAGAAACAUCUACAUCGGCUAGUAUGAUUCAGCCUAGAAAGUGUGAGAUCGUUAAAGAAAUGAAAUGGCAAUCUAAUCCCGUGUCAAGUCCAAGGAUUUUCAAUGGAUUAUUAAUUCCAGCGACGAUGACAUCAAAAAGACCAAGGGAUCAAGAAAAGGAUUAUUACGAUCGUAAUUCCUCCGAGAGUUUCGAAUCUAAGAAACCAAAUUUAACUCAACCCUUGCCAGGAUUUCAUCAAGCAUUUGGUUCAACGGAGAUUGGAAAAUUCUCGAGAUCGGAAUAUUUUGCUAACAUGGUUGGCGAGAAGAGUAAUMAUAAUAAUAAUAACAAUAACAAUAACGAAGUAAUAGAAGAAGAGGAUAAUAAAAAAGACGACGUAAGUCGGAUGAUAAUGAACGUGUCGGAAAUGAAUGGCACGGUUUUACCUAUGAUAAUGACGACGAUGAUGACGACGACAACAACAACGACAACGACAACUUCAAAUUCUAAUUCAACGAACUUCGAUGACAAAGAUGUUAAACUUAAAAGUGAAAUUGUGGAAAACAAUGAACCGUCAAAUGAAACGUCGAGUUUUGACGUUGCCGUCGUUGAAUCAAAUGUCAAUACUUUCCCAACGUCGUUGUCAUCUUCAUCGUCAUCCUCGUCGUCGUCAUCUUCUUCGUCAUCGUCAUUGUCGUCAUUGUCAUUAAUGUCAACCGAUGCUUAUUGCGGACAACAAACCAUUGUUUCGUCUUGGCACAGUCCGCACGUCGGUCCUGUAGGUAGUGAAAUUUAAUAAGUGUAUAUUAUUCAAUCAAACAAAAACAAAUAAACAAAAGAGGUUGCGAUAAAUAA